CAGUGGACGGUGAUGUGAGACGAUUUCAAAUAGGCCUAGGUCAUUGAUGAAGAAAUAUUCAUUCCAAGAGACUGUGAAAGUAGCAAAGAUUGAACAUUUAUGCACAUUUAUUUAUAUUUCCAACACUCCUGUCUCAUUCAGGGUUUUCUUAACCCUGAUGUGUCCCGCAGACAUGUCUGUAGCAUCGUAAGGUGUUAAUUUGAUGGAUAUGGAAUUAUGGAUAUAAAAUGAUAAUUUUCCCCUACAUGCCCAUGAAGGCUGUGUUUCAGCGUAGGCUUCAGAAAUUGAGGCACUAGAGGAAUCCAUCAGUCUAAGUUUAGGUAAUCUCGUCACUUUUAAAUCGUUCCUUCCCUGCGUCUUGGUCAAGAUGGAGUCCUACCUCUUCCCCUUCGACAGCCUGAUCUGUAUGCUUCUGGGCAUUUCCUUCACGGUGUGGUUAACCCUUCUGCUGGUGUUCAUCAUCGUACCCGCAAUCCUCGGCGUGUCUUUCGGGAUCCGCAGACUGUAUAUGAAGUCACUGAUCAAGCUUUUCGAGUGGGCGACCUUAAGAAUGGAGCGAGGAGCCAGAGAGAAGAAUCAGCAUCUCUACAAACCCUACAGCAAUGGGAUCAUUGCUAAAGAACCAGCGUCCCUCGAACAGGAGAUCCAGGAAAUGAGGCGUGGCGGUGCAGAGCCUGAGUUUGACAUGUCUGACAUCUUCAAUUUCUGCCGGCGAGGCGUGGAGAGCAUCGUCGAUGACGAGGUGACCAAGCGCUUCACAGCGGAGGAGCUGGAGUCCUGGAACCUGCUGACCCGCAGCAACUACAACUUCCACCACAUCAGCACCAGGCUCACGGCGCUCUGGGGGGUGGGCGUACUCAUCCGAUAUGGGUUUCUACUGCCACUCAGGGUCACGCUUGCUUUUACUGGUGUCGGUCUUCUUGUGGUUCAGUCGUCAAUCGUUGGCCUGUUUCCGAAUGGAAGAGUGAAGAAUUAUCUCAGCGACAAGGUUCAUUUAAUGUGUUACCGGAUCUGUGUACGAGCCCUCACGGCCAUCAUUACCUAUCAUGACAGUGAGAAUAAACCCAAAAACGGAGGAAUCUGUGUGGCCAAUCACACCUCGCCUAUCGACGUCAUCAUUCUGGCCAGUGACGGAUGCUAUGCUAUGGUGGGCCAGGUCCAUGGUGGUCUGAUGGGGGUCAUUCAGAGGGCGAUGGUGAAGGCCUGUCCUCACAUCUGGUUUGAGAGGUCUGAAGUGAAGGACCGACACCUAGUGGCCAAACGUUUAAGUGACCACGUUGCAGAUGAAGGCAAACUGCCAAUCCUUAUAUUCCCAGAGGGAACUUGUAUAAACAAUACUUCAGUCAUGAUGUUCAAGAAGGGAAGCUUUGAGAUCGGCUGCACAGUUUAUCCUGUGGCCAUAAAGUAUGAUCCUCGCUUUGGUGAUGCGUUCUGGAAUAGCAGCAAAUUUGGGAUGGUGAACUAUCUGCUGCACAUGAUGAGCAGUUGGGCCAUCGUGUGUAGCGUCUGGUACCUUCCACCAAUGAGCCGAAUGGAAGGGGAGGACGCUGUGCAGUUUGCCAAUAGGGUAAAAGCAGCCAUCGCUAGAAAGGGAGGACUGGCAGACUUGUUAUGGGAUGGUGGACUGAAACGAGGGAAAGUCAAAGAAGUUUUCAAAGAGGAGCAGCAGAAACUUUACAGCAAGGUUUUAGUGGGCAGCAGCGAAGACCGCAGUCGCUCUUGAAGAGAUGCAGCUCGACUGGCCCCUUCCUGAACCUGCUCGGACACAACUGUAGAACAGAAGCGAUGAAGUCAUUCGUGAGCUGUGUUGCCAGACCCUCGGCUCACUGCUGCGCCUCAGGAGCUUUUGCAUUGUUGCACGAUUGUCUCUGUUGCUUUCAAUUCCUGGGCUGACUAUGAUUUCCGUUUGGAGUGAGAGUUACACAUGGCAUACUUGAGUGAAUUUUUUUUUCAUUAUAUUUAUUUAUUUUUUCCUUCACAG